UUUAAAGUUUGAAGUACGCGGCAUUAAAAAAUCAUGCGUUAGUUCAAAGUAUAUUUACUCAUAAUUUUUUAAAAUAUUUUACACCUGAUAUACAAACAAUAUUUUUUAAAUUAAUUUACAAAAUUUAAAUACUAAAAUGAUGAUCGCAUUUACUGGAGUAGACGGUGGAAAUAAUUUUUGAAAAUAAACUUAGGACCGGAAAAUUUUAUAAAAUGGGACUAGUGCAAGCGUCAGUGAGUAAACCUAAAGAAGAAACAUGUGUGCCAUGUCCGGACGGUUAUUGGCCGGGUAAUCCCGGUACCUUUGAAGAAAUCCACAAAAAAGUAAAAGACAUGCACCCGCGUAAUUUCGAAGGCGCCAGAUUAUUUGUACGUAAAUCCCUGAGUGAUUAUUUCAAUGCCUAUCACACGAUAUCGCUGAGUUCAUUUAUGCCGUCUGGUUAUAAAUUUGGCGCUUGUUACAAGGGAUCAAAACAUAUCGGACUCUACGAAAGAUAUCCGCUGAUAAGCGGUGAUAUUAUGCCCAAUGGUAAUCUGGCCGCGAGUUUUGCGCACACGAUUGGCUGCCGUUUUAGAAUAAAACAUGUCACGCAAAUGGUCAAAGGCAAAUGCGUGACGGCAAGUUCGACAGCUGAAUACAGGUCAGAUGACUCGACGCUGUCAUUGAUAGUCGCCGACCCGGAUAUUAUGAAGCAGUCUGGGACUUUUGUUUUGCAUUACCUACAAGCGCUGUCAUCGCGGCUGACCCUCGGCACGGAGAUCGCGAUCCAUCGCAGCAAGUAUGUGCCAGGAGGGCAGCAAUCCAUCAUGACUUUUGCGGCGAGGUACAGCAGUGGAGCCAGAACAUUGGCAGCGACUUUCGGUCAAGUUGGAUUGCACGUUAGUUAUCAUCAUCGAGCGAGUCAGCAGCUACAGCUUGGAGUUGAGUUGGAGUCUAAUUUACGGACACUUGAUUCGACAGCGACUUUGAUCUACGAGCUCGAUGUCCCACAUGCAGACAUGGUUUUCCGCGGGCUUGUCAACACUGAGACUACUAUUGGCGGUGUGUUUGAGAAAAAAUUAUACCCGAUGCCUGAGACCUCGUUGGUACUCAGCGGAAUGUUGAAUCACAGAAAACAACAACUAAGAGUUGGGAUAGGACUCAACAUUGGAUGAAGUAUUAUACUCUAGUUUAUUUUUUUU